CCGCUCCUUUACACGCUUCAACACCCCCGCGCAGCACCUGCUGCUAGCGCUGUGACGAGACACCCCCUGAUCCCCAAUCACUCCAACAACAUGAAUCGUUUUCUCACUCGGAAGAAGGACAAGGGGGACGACAUUGGUGGGAAGAAAUUCAAAAAGGGGAAGAAGGGCCAACAACCGGAGCCUGAACCUGCGCUCGACCUUGCCACUGCCCUCCCCUCCAAUGACGAUUUCCGAACCAGCUUGAUUAUGCCCAGUUUGUCCACGCGCUUCAGCAUGCUGCGAGAGCAGGACGACCCAACCUCCAAGCUCGGCAAAGCCAGCGACGACAGUGUGUUACAGCCAAAACGUCAAUCCCGCCUGCAUGAGUUUGGUUUCGUCCCGGGGGGCCUUUCUGAUAUCGCCGAGGUUUCGUCGCUUAACGGAUCAAUUCGACCACCCUUCGCUGCCGAGAGGCAGGACUCGUUUGACAGCCACAACACCGAGGACAGCUCUGGAAGCAUCAUGAGCCGGGCAAGACCCGGAGAGGGCAACGUUCUGUUUGGAGGCCGGCAGAAGAUCUACAAGGUCUCCAAUACAGGGUCAUCCAAGGGCUUGGGCAAACUGUUGUAUGAAGAUGAUGUGCAUAUGUCCGCAUUCCAGCGGUUGAGAUUGCAGGAGAAGGAACGCAAAGAGCAAGAGCCUGACGCGCAGUUGGAGCAAGAAGCCGAGACAGAACAGCAGCCGUCUAGCCCUACCAAAGACGCAUACUCACCCUCAGUGUCUGGUUUCAGCCAAAGACGAGAAACUUCCUCGUCUACCAACUCUGCAAAUGCCAAUGCUCGCUCUUCCACUGCCGCGACAUCCAUCGCUUCUCAAGGCGCCGGCGCUGUGGCCCCUGCUUCUUCGCCCUCUGUGCCCAGCAACAACACCCCGCUCUCUCCGACUGACUCGAAUCGCACUGCCACCAAGGGCAGAAGGUUAUAUGAGCAAGCGUUGGACCAGCACAUGUAUGAUCAGCAAUCAUCGGCCAUCAAUCGACUCAAUUCCAUCCAGAGGGCGCGGGCGCCAACGGGACGCUCCACUCCGCCACUGCUGUUUUCGCAGGCCAGAUCUGCGACUAAUCUGCACGACAGAUUCAACCGAGGUGCUCCCUUGAAUGCUAAGGAUGCAUCCUCGACGGGUUCCAAUAGUAGGCCGCAGUCUCCGCCUCUCGUCAGCCCCCUCGGCAGCGACAAUGAGGAUGCCCAAGUGCUACACUCUGCGCUACAGCCGAAUGAUCGUGGUAAAGCCACCGCUAUGGGCGCCUUCAAUAAGCCAAAGCAAGCCUUCAGCGAACAACAGUAUGCUGAGCGCCUGAAGCAGCUACAGCAGGACCGCGAUAUUUCCAUACCCAGACUCGGAAAUCCCUCGAAGCCGUCUCUGAGGGAACGCGCGGAAUUGGAACGGCGGAAACGGACAGAAAAUCCAGCGGCGGAGAGGAGCGUGCCCAGCUCGCCCGAUCAGCAAAGAAAGACGUCACUCGAGUCGACCACCCGUUCCGAGUCACGACCCACUGAGCAGCGCGAAACUCAGAUCCCUCCCCCAGCACAGCCGAGGUCCCCGUCACCGAUAGCUGAGAAGGAAGAGAUCCCAUCGCCUUUUUCAGUCUUCCAAGCGGCCGCCGAGCGCAUGAGGAAUACCACCACUGUGCCUACGCCUUCUCCGGCAGCGCACGGUGGAUCAACGCCUCAUGAUUUGCUGUCUCCGAAUUCCCAUCAGGGUGGGACAUUUUUUGCUUCUCCCGGCAGCAGCGAUGAUGAGGACGAGGUCACGAAGCCAAACUUGGCCAAACCUUCCGAACCAGAGCGUCGAGGUCGGCCCCACAACAUUCCAACUGCAACAGGCCCUGCUCCAGACAUACUGGACCACCCCGCUCUCCGGUCCAGGAGCAACUCUCGCACGGAACCCCUCCAACACCCGGCCCUCCGCUCCCGGAGUACCUCUCGACCUCCACUAGCUACCACGGAGGAGGAAACGUCCAUCCCUAAGGAUACAUUGGACUCUGCGACGGUUAGUGAAGAUAAAGGCUCUGACGUGGACUCACCGACGCUUGGGCCCAAUAGCGGUGGACUGAAUGUUCUUGUCCGGCAACAUCUCCGCAACCUCAGCACAAUCUCCUCCGACUACGGUGAGGAUAACCAGAUUGCAAUGAGCCCACCAGCUCUUUCGACGACUAAGCCUAUGCCACUGCAAACACAGAAUGUUAAGCCUCAAAUGCGUCAACCUGGGUCGGAGACAAACACCACUACACACUCAAGCUACACGGGGUACUCCAAUCCUUGGGACCUGGAUGAACUUGAUAAGUACGGGGAAGAGGAGAGUAUCAGCUCCACCAGCCCCGUCGACUCACACAAGCCUAGAUCAACUGCUACCAAUGCUGCCGCUCUGAUCACCCCCCAGGCUAUCAAAGAGACGAUCAGCGAAUGGGAGCAGGAGAUGAAGAGGUCUCACAGACGCGAGCCUAGCGUUGAGGAACGAGAGGCCUUCCAGCGUGAGCUAGCUCUACGCCAGCGUCAAGUACAGGAGAGCCUUCGCAAACAGGCCCAAAACCGGAGUCGAGACGCGAGCCCAGCACCCGGAGGUCUGAAGAGUGCAUUGAACAUGCUUCGCGCCAAGUCGAGCAAGGAAUCAUUCGCUACUGUCGACCAGAAGUACACUGAUCCGUCCCACAAGGCUAUGAGAAUGUUGGGACUUGGCGCGAACUCAGCGAACGCUAGCAGUUCGUCCUUGGCUGGCCCGUAUGGGUCAGAUCAUUGGAGGUCAGAGGACCGGCUUGGGCAACGGGAACCUCCAGUGCGCCGUCUGCUACAGCAAAGCGAACAAGAUGCACAGCGCGAGCUGGAGCAACGCCAACGCUCUGCUACGAACGACAGUGCUCGUGAGCCCAUGUCCAAGGGCAGGGCGCCGCCAACAUCAAGCAAUAGUUCCACGAGAGCAAGAUCCAGCUCAGAAGUCUCGUCUGGACGUUCGCACAGUAGGCCACGGCAGUACCGUGACGACUUGGAGCAAGCAAUGGUCGAAGGUGCUGGAUCUAAAGCCACAGCGUAUGCUCCGAAUGUCACACCCUCCAUCCCUGGUUAUGUUGCAAAUCCUACUCAACCCCUCCCGCCCGAGAAGGUGUCUCCUGACAGCCAAGGGCGUAUGAGGUCACGCAGCAACAGUCGAGCUGCGGCUGCGAGUUAUUUCGAGUCGAAGCAUCUGCAGCCCAUUCACACCAGCCAUGGUGCCACAAAUGGGGCUUCCCCACGCCUGAGUCCAGCAGCCAACCCUGGAAUGCAUCAGUUCUCUCCUGGUCUGCCGGUAUCCCCUCGCCCGUCACCUGGGUUCCCAAGCCCCAACAUGAACGCGUUCCGCCCACCCGCCUCACCAGCUCUGCCGUCAUCCGCCAACAACACGCCGCCCGUCUCUGGCACUUCCACUCCGGUCGCGUCAGCAUUCGCCAAUGGCGCCGCAGCUAACCUUCCCGGCACUGGUACCCUUCGCAAGAAGUCGAUCAAUAAAUCUGAUAUCUCUGAACCCAUUUUCCUCUCCACAACGUCGGUCAUUGACACGGUCAACUUGCCACCAGGAGCUUCUUUGAAGAACGGGUCGGAGGUGCCACCACCUCUUCCUCCUAUUAACCCCAUGAGGCGCCGGUUCGGAUUUGGUCGAACAAACACGGACGACCCCGCCGUCCACAGUCCUUCUCCACCCUAUAGUGAUGCAAGUUAUACCAACUCCUCGGAGGCUGUGGGAAACAAAGUUCCAGCACCCCGUCAGAGAUUGAGGAAGACAUCCAGUGAAGGCAAGAGUCUGAACGGGAAAGCUCAAGUAAAGACGGGACCCAGCCCGGCGGUCCCUUCGAUGCCCUUUGGCGCCCGCAAUGGCUCGCCACCUCGGCCCAACAAUAACCAACCCAUAUCUCAGCAAAACAUGGACGGUGCCAUGUUUUGAGUGGCCGUUGGUCUGUCUCCUGCUAGCUCGGUGCAGCUGCCCUACACGAUUUUGAUACCCUUUCACAACUUAACGUAAUGUAUUUCCGAGGACAUCUGGGUUUGCGCAGAGAUACACGGCCGGUCGGACUGUAUUUUCUUUGUUUUGCUAGCCAUAUACCUCUGUCUCAUCUUCCUCCUUGUGGCUUUUCUGUUCUAGCGUUGGAUGCGAUACUUCGCCAUUAUAACUCCGUAGCAGG